AUGCCAAGAUCAUCUUCAAGAAGACCUGCUCCAGCUGCUAGAUCUGCCCCAUCUGGUGCCAGACCAGCAUCCACGAUGGCCGCACCAGCUCCUACACACUCUUACAGCCAUCCAGUGCAGACCCAACAACAGCCAGGUCUGUUUUCUCAAAUGGCCUCGACUGCUGCUGGUGUUGCUGUCGGUUCCGCAGUGGGCCAUACUAUAGGUGCAGGUAUCAGUGGCCUGUUUUCCGGAUCAUCCUCCCAGCCUGCUGAGUAUCAACAGCAGCAAGUUCCGGCUGCUUCAGCUCAACAAUACCAACAACAACCUACUCCAGCUUGUGAUGCGGAUGCUAGAAACUUUACUAGAUGUUUGGAGGAGUCGAAUGGCAACUACCAAGCUUGUGACUUCUACCUGCAACAACUAAAGGCUUGUCAGGCCGCGGCUAGACAAUACUAA